AUGCAGUGUGUCCCUAAACCUGUUGAGCCUCUGUUUAUGAAUGAUUUUAGCAGCUUGUGCGAUACUCCUACUCUUGGCGAGGAAGAGCAUCAGAAUUUCAGCCCUUUGAUCAGUCCCACAGACUCUACAUGUAUUGAUGUUGCUUGCUCAAAUAUCACUUCUGCUGAUGCUUUUCAGGAGACCUCUUGCGAAGAAGAGUUUAACUUAAGCCUCGUUUUAACCAAUAAUGCCUCUACUAGAGACGCGGAUUCGGCUUAA